AUGCCGUCUUUCCUCUUUCUAUGCAACAGAUUUCUCAACAUGAUCAUCAUUUUAACUUUACUCACACCAGCUGCUGUUAAUUACUAUCGAGCAACCUGGUACAUGUUAGACUUGUUCGUUUUUCCAGAUGAUAAACUUCUCAGCGCAUCAUUUACGUUUACAGUAAGCUUUGGAACGUUAUUCCUAAUCAUGCUGGUGGGAGAUUAUAUCAAGGAGUCUUUAAAUGCGAGAAAAGCAAAAGAAGUGUGGUAUCGUGUCCUUUUUUUCCCUCUGGCAUUUUUAACCGUUGCAGCUUGGAAAGGUCCAUGGAUGCUUUUAGAUCAAAUCACAACGCCUUCUCUUCCAAGUGCCUGUGUUUCUCACGUAAUAGGGUUUUUAGUUCUUGUAUGCACAAGAACUACCUCAUCCAUAGUUGCCAUGCCGGGUUAUUGCUCAAACGAAAGACACAUCAACCUAUCCGAGAGUAUUCUUCAAGGAAAGCAUUGUGUAAAGAACACGUCGAACACUAUAUGCGGUGAAAUCGCCGCAAGGAUCUUCAAUAGUUUCGUUACUGUGUUUAUUAUCGGAGUUGCAGUGGUGAACUACUGGCGAGGAACUUGGCUUAUCAUUUUGACCACACUACAAUAUCUUGACAACGAUCUCAUCCUAUCAUCAGUUUUACUGAUUAUCGUAGGAUACAGCAUAUGGAUUGUGUGUUAUGUGCUCACUGAGUUCCUGUCAACGAUCCCAAUGAAUCCACCUCAUUCCAUAUUAAACCGUGCCUUGGAGCAGGUCUUUGUUUACAUAUUGGCAUUUGGAGUGGUGUGUUCUUGGGCGGGCAUUUGGCUCCUGAUGGAUGCUUGUCUUCCGUCGGAUCUCCCAGUAACUUAUGCACUGAUCGGCCAUUUUGUAUCAAUCACUGUCCUUUAUGUUUUGCAAGCUUGUAUUAAUUUGAUUGCUUCGCCCACUGGAUGUACAGUUCACAACAGUGAGAAGCUUGACGGUUUCGAUAUGGGAGGCUACUUCGAAAAACCUCACAGGAUGGAACCUAAAAAACAGAUAGAAAACGGGGCAAUCAAGCAACAGUUGAUCCGUAAUUAUGAAUCCACUCAACUCAAUUAGUCAGUAGCUUUCAUCCAUGCAACCUUCCUCAAAUCUCCACCAGAAUUCUGAUAGCAUUACCUCGCCGGUACUGAGUGGUUUUGUUUGUGCGUACAGCAUCACUAUGAUUUCAAGUUGGUCGUAAUUUGUGGGUUUUUAAAGCCUUCUCACAAAACAAUACUCGCCAUAUCAAUUUAAUUAUAGCGUUGAAUUGACAACUACACCGGUAGAACUCAAAGGAAAAAAGAAGCUGGAAGACAACUCCCCAUGAAUUCACUGACCAUAUACUGUACCUCAUAAAUUUAAAUCGGGGGAAAAGGAGUUAAAUUACAAAUAGAAAGGGCAGAUCGAAUGAAGGGAGAGGCCUGAAGUGGGUAAAUAUUUCACUUAAAAAGAAAAGGUUCAAUUUCUUUCUUGCAUUGCUUCUGUCAUAAAGUCGUGAAAGAACCACACUCGUAUCGUCGAUUAAACCUUUUUAUUAUCUUCUAGUCUCGAAGCUUCAGAAACUAUACACAAGUAAUUUGAUUCAAAGGCGGUAAAUCAAAAUCAAGUUUUGUCCUUUACACGCGUGACUAAUAGUUACAUAAGUAAAAAUCGAUUGAAAUACACGUAACUGUUCGUAACAGCUUCAAUUUUAAUUAAAAGGCUUAAAACUGUCUCUACAGCACGUAUUCAAAUUCAAUGAGAUUUGAAAUCUCGCGAGACACCUGAGAACAGCGACUGAGGCUGACCGAGGUCUACCAAAAACUUACUAUUUGAGCUACAAUCCGAACCUCCUAUCAGACAGAAUCUGCAAUUACAGCCUAAAUAUUUUAGCCGAGCAAUGAAGUAAUUAAUUGGUUAAUUAACGAAGUAACUAAUUAAUUAUUCUAUUUAUAUUAUUGGCCAAAAUCCGCAGUAAAAUCGUUUUCCUAGCUAUCGUAGAAUUUCCCGCUUGCGUUACUGAGUAUUCCCUUACACGCUAGUUCAGUUAUCUUGGACUGUAUACUUUCACUUGAUACAGGCUUUACUGUCGACAAUUCAACCUUACACGUUCCGUUCUACGAUCUAUCUAGUUUAUUCCAUUAUCGCUUAAGGUUACAAAAAUCGCUAUAUUUUUUAGCUAACGAGAGAAUAUCGAUUGUUCAUAUUCCCUUGUUAGCUAAGUAAAUCCAUUCCCAGAUUCGUAAUUCCGUGUGUGAUUCAAGGCUUGCACACGUUCUACAACGCUUCGUGGGUACUAAUAUCCUUUCAAUCGUGGGUUUACUUCUCAAUCAUGCUGCUAUGUUCCUACGGGCUUAACUACCUAUAAAUACUUGAUUAGAUACAUCAACGUUCGCAGAACUAAUGCCGCAACGCUUUCUGUUACAUUCUACUUUGGCAGUAACGAAAUAACAUCUUAGUUAAUAA